AUGGGCACCAACAAACUCAAGAACAAGGCGUGCAAGAAGUUCCGAGCAGCCAAGCGCAAGGUGAUAGAAGAACGCCGUGUCAACCCACGCAUUGAGGAACAUUUCCAUAACUGCCAUAAAAUCAGUAACGGCGUGCCCGUGCAUCCCGUUCACAGACCCAAGAACGCGUUUCUCCACCCCAAUGACAAGGCAGCAGUGACUCCGCAGAAGGUGAUAAAGAGCGGGUACGAUUUCCGUUUGACUGUUGCCAAUGUCCGAUCUGGCUGA